GUAAAGUCUGGCAACAUGAGCAAUUGGGUUGAAUUGAUUGGAUGUCACAAGGUCACUGGCACCAAAUGCGACUUUACUUCAACCAACUUAAAUGUAUUUGAAAAAAUAAGAGUGCGUAUAAGAUCUGAAAAAGGACAAGAGACAUCACCAUGGCAUAACAUUACCCCAUUUGUACCAUUUCAAAUAGCACAAAUUGGUCCUCCAGAAGUACAGUUAGAAGCUGAAGAUAAAUCAAUAAUAAUAAAUAUUUCUCCUCCAGGAACAAUUAAUAGUAGCAUGUGGGUUACUGAUAUCCAAAGGUUUACCUACAGUUUAGUUAUUUGGAAAAACUCUUCAAAUAUAGAAAAAACCCGUCUUACUGUUUAUUCCAGAGAUAAAAUUAAUGAUCUCACACCAGAAACUACUUAUUGUUUAAAAGUUCAAGCAAGAUUACCUAGAAAAAAUGGUUCCUACAGUCCAGUAUUUUGUAUAACUACAACAGCUGAACAUAAACUACCUCGUCCAGAAAAUGUAGAAGUUGAUGCUGUAAAUAAUAACUAUGUUCUUAAAUGGAACUAUCCAUAUGAAAAUAUGAACUUCAAAGUUCAGUAUCUCCCUGGCUUUUAUAAAAGAACUCCAACUGACUAUUCAGAUAAAUGGAAAAUUAUAUCUGGUUGUAAAAAUAUCACAAGUAAACAUUGUGACUUCUCAAAAGACAUCACCACAGAUGGAAUUUAUUAUCUACGUGUACAAGCUUCAAAUGGAAGUAUCACAUCUUUUUGGUCUACUGAGAAAAAAUUUGAUACUCUGAUAAAAACCAGUAUAGCCCCUCCAAGCAUAAAGGUGAUAUCGAGUGCUGAUUCAUUCUCUGUCUACAUUAGUGCUUCAGAAGAAUCUGAAAAAAAAUUGAGCCAGAAUUACCCAUUAAUUUAUGAAGUUACUUACUGGGAAAAUAAUUCAAAUAUCGAGAACAAAAUGAGAGUAAAACAGAAAUUACUUAAAGUUUCUGAUUUGCAGCCCCUGACUACGUAUUGUUUCAAAGCCAAAGCAUUUCUUCAGGAUAAUAAAAGCAAUAAAAGCAGUCAAUUUAGUAAUGUUCAAUGCAGUAAAAUGAUACCAGGUAAACUGGCAGUAUCCUGGAUUAUAGUCAUUUGCAUUGUUUUUCUCAUGGUGCUAGUCCUUGUAUUUUAUUGUUCAAAAGUUCUAUUAAAACAGGUAAAACAUAUGUUCUAUCCAUCUUGGAAAACACCUUCAAGUAUGAGUGAGAGGUUCUCUGAUCAACCAUUGAAAAAUCUUCUUGUUGCUUCAGAAGAGCAAACAGAAAGCUGUAUAAUUGAAGAAACAAAUAUUGUUAUGUUAGAAGAAAUAGAUCAAAAUGGAAAAAGUGACAUUAUUUGUAGUAAACAAGAAAAUCAAGAUUCAGGAAACUUUUCCAAUGAGGAUGAAACUAGUAGUAGUAAAGUUACUGAAGAAAAGCUACAACUAGAAACUAUGCAAUAGUAAACAUACUUUGAUGUAUUACCUUGCCAAAGUUCAAACUAGGAGCCUGAGACCCAUGCCCUUCUUAGAAUUUCUAAGAGAAUUUUGACAGAGGAAUGAAGUCUAACCUUGGAUUUUAAGACCCCAAAUUCUUAGUUAAUGCUUCUCUAUUUAAAAGUGAAAUUCCUGGGGGCAGCCAGGUGGCACAGUAGAUAGAGCGCCAAGACUGGAAUCAGGUGGACCUGAGUUCAAAUGGGACCUCAUUUCCUAGCGAUGUGACCCUGAGCAAGUCACUUAGUCCCAGGUACCUAGCUCUGCCACACACUUUUAGAAUUGACCCUAAGAUAGAAGAUAAGGGUUAUAUAAAAAUAAAAAACAUAAAUGAAAUUCCUAGCAUCUAGAGAACAACCACAAGACAUCAAAAUGCCAUCUGUAGUUCUAAAUGUCUGCAAGAUCCUGUCUUCAAGUUAUAUCCAGAAACUGGACACCUGCCUCUCUAAGUGACCUCUAAAUAUUACUCUUGUGACUAUUUUAUGGCUUGAGAUAUAUAAAUAUGAAAAAUGAUAAAGGCUGCUAUAAUAAUAUAAAUUAUUA